AUGUUGCUUAGUGCUCCAACGAUUCUACAGUCCGGUAACGGCAGGGAAUUUGCAAACAAUUUGGUAAGCAGCCUAAAGGAAUAUCGGCCCACCUCGAAGAUCGUAAAUGGUAAGGCGCGCCACUCACAAAGUCAGGAGAAUUUCGGCAGAGCAAACCAGGGCACUGAAAAUAUGCUGUGUGCUGGGAUUCAAGACGAGAAAACUAGCUACUGGAAUGACGGACCGUGGUUCGUCCAGCUUAUGAAAAUCAGAGCUCUUUAUUAUGGGAUUAACGGUUCACUAUACGAAGCUCUGUUCGGCUGUAAAGCGAGAGUAGGUCUUUUGACGUCGUCCCUGCCUGACGACAUUUCACAAGACGUAGGCACUAAUGAAGAGCUAGAAAAAGUAAUAAAGAGCGCAAAAGCAAUACAGCAACAGAAAGAAAGACGAGAUGAAUCAAUGCAGGAGGCAAAGCUCUCUGAAGAAGACAUAGAUAAUAAUGCAAUCCAUGAUGGAAGAAAUCAAAACAGUGAUGAAGCCAUUGUUAUCUAA